GACAAAUAAUUGGAAUAUAUAAUGUUGGAGCUAAUUUAGCUUCUAUUGCUAAGGCAAUAGACUAUAUUUGUGCUAUAGUAUUUAAAUUCUUAGAUCUAGUUAAAGAACAAAAAAAUAUUGAAACUGCUUCACAUUUAGGAAGACCAUCAAUCUUGACUAAUAAAGAUAAACAAAAUUUUCUUAAUGCAACAAUUAAUGUUAAUUACAAUAA